AUGAAGAUGAGGGCCUUGAACAACAGGUGGACCUGCCCUGUCUGCAGCAACAUUCUGAAGCCGCACGACCUUGUAGAUGACGGGGCGUGUCAUGAAGUAAGCUUGGCAGCUACGGAGAUCAUCCGUGUGGCAGGCAUGUCUGGUUACCACACUUCCGUCAUUGUGGACAACCUGGAGUACUUCUUCGAUGCGAUAGGUAUCUUACAAGCCGCUCCUCUUUUCAGCCACAACCUCAACGAAGCCAAGAAUCCUGGCGGCAGCAAGACGGUCGUCACCUUUAUUGGUUACAGCCACUUCGACGGCAGAGCGAUGGUGGAAGCGCUGCAUGAAUUCUUCGAACGAGGCUCUUAUGAUGUGUUCUACAAGAACUGGAUCUUCAAGGCUCUGGUCGAGUCCUCUGGCGUGACCGUCCAGGGUGACAUCUACACCCCCAAUCCGGUGUCUGCAGACUUUUCUGUGGAUGGGGUCAUUGCCUCGCUGGAAGGAGAUGACGAGUCGGAAGAGUCGGAGCACUCCGAAUCUGACGAGGUAGACAAGUACGUGCAGAAGGUCUUGUCUGAGACACCAGCUCAUGUUGAAGAGGUCAUCAUUGAGAAGGAUGGCACGUACAGGAUCGUAGAGGAUGAGGAGGAUGCUGCCGGCAAGGAUGCCAGCAAAAACGAGACAGACAAUGCUGAACAUGUGGGCGCAAAUGAUACGCCGAUGGCAGAUGCAGAUCAGCAGGACGGCAUCAAACGACAAGGAACCGAUGAUGGGAUUGAGGUUCCUUUGUCCAAGCGCCAGCGAAGGCGGCAGAAGAUUUUGGAAGCACGCGGGGAACUUCCUCAUGCCACGGCGCCCAGCUUGUGA